AUGGGUUCGAUGUCUAGCAAGGGUAGUGGCAAGGGACGUCCCGGGCCAUAUGAACCGCUAGGUGUUCGAGUGGAGCAAUUAGAGGCGAAGCUUGCUGCGUUGGAGGCUAUCAAAGAUAAGGAGCACGCAGAGAAGGAGAAGACAGCCCUACUUGAGCUUGCCGCGGAGAGGGGCCGUGCGGAAGCCGUGCAGACGCUAGCGGCCAGUGAAGGUUUGCAUGGGAUCCGGCUCCCAACCAGGAAACGCUCUCGUAGUCGCGGUGGCCGUAAGGGUGCCGCAAAAUCCGAUGAUGAAUCCGAGGAGCCGCAGCAUAACUUCAGAUCACGGGUCAUUGCUGCAUCGGAUUUCUCUGAGCUCUGGGCCUCUGUGGGGAUAACCGCCAAGUCCCCGAGUGGAGUCUGGACAUUGGAUCGUUUGGUGCAGUCUGUCAUUAACCGCUCAGACUUUGAUCGGCGUAAGUGGAGUUCACAGGCAAAGCAACUCUUGGACGGACCAGCGCCCAGAGAUAAUGCCGAGCUCGUUCGUGCCAUGCUCAAAGCGUCUGGUGCGUGA